CCACCUCGAUCCAAUUCUCUCUUAUACAAAACACUAUCAUAUACGAGUAUUGCGAUCACGAUAUGAUGAAAGGUGCUCAUUGCCCUACAGCUGCUGCUUUUGCCCUAUUGGCAUUGGCAACCUUCCACCUUGUCUCUGCCUUUGAUCCUAGUCCUCUCCAAGAUUUCUGUGUAGCACUUAACACCACCAACACUGAUAUUUCUGCUGUGUUUGUGAAUGGGAGAUUCUGCAAGGACCCAAAGAUGGUAACACCAGAGGAUUUCUUCUUUUCCGGGCUCCGGAUGCGCGGAAACACAUCAAAUCCGCUUGGUUCCAUCGUCACCCAGGCGAAUGUGCAGCAAAUAGCAGGACUGAACACUCUUGGGGUAUCCCUCGCCCGCAUAGACUAUGCAGUUGGUGGACUAAACCCUCCUCACAUCCACCCUCGGGCCACGGAAGUCCUUAGGGUCAUGGAAGGCACUCUCUACGUUGGCUUCGUCACAUCCAAUGAUAACGGCAACCGCCUCUUCAGCAAAGUGUUGUACGAGGGAGAUGUGUUUGUCUUCCCAUUUGCUCAAAUUCACUUCCAGCUUAACAUCGGAAAGGUCAACGCUGUAGCUAUUUCCAGUUUUAGCAGCCAGUUUCCUGGUGUCACCACCAUAGCCAAAGCAGUGUUCGGCUCCAACCCGUCAAUCAACCCUGAUGUUCUCACCAAGGCCUUCCAAGUGGACAAAAAUGUCGUUCAGUAUCUCCAGAACCAGUUCUGGUAUGACAACAAUUAAGAAGAUGCUGGCCAUAUGUCCCAUAUUAUACGACACAUAUCUAAGCUUAAUACAAAAUAAGACUGCAGUUGCUUGUGUAAUGUACCUCUUCCUUGAUCAGUGGAUUAUUGGAAGCUGAUUAUUAAUAAAUACUUGCAUCGUAUAAA